ACCUGUGCUGUCCAGCCUCAGGGCAUCAGCUACGACUCAUUCCCUGACACACCUCUUGCUUUCGCCAUCGACCCCUACUACGCUGUAGCAGCCGAGACUGCUGUCGCCCCUGCCGGAUACACUACAGUUUUCACCAAUCUGAACGCUUCCAACUCGGCGAACAAGUAUAUGGGCUACUCACUUUUGCCCUUCUACGACGUGAAGACUUGUGCCAGUCACUGUACUUCUGCUGCCGGAUGUGAAUCGUUCAACAUCUACUUUGAGCGCGAUCCUUCUCUUGACCCUAAUGCAAUUGAAUGCCCUAACCCCCCUUCUUACGUCAAUGUCAAAUGCGUUCUAUGGGGUUCUGUUGUUGGCGUCAUUAACGCCAACAACUACGGACAAUGGCGUGAUAGUUUCCAGGUCUUGAUUGCAGGCAGCAAUGGCUACGUCAACUCUUCGAUC